AGGGAAAGACAAUCACUUCCCAAUCAAAAUUUCUGCUUCCCACCGCUCUCUCCUUGCCGCCUCCUUCACAUAUCCUUCUCCCUUACCGCGACUCAUCCGUCCCCCAUCGGUUGUUUCUCAACCUCAUUUCUCCUCUCCAUCUCUCAGGCUUCAGCUUCUCGGUCUCUUUUAAGUCCGGAUACUCAUGGAAGGCAGCAGCUUCCACGAAUUACCUCCCUCCAAGAGAUUCAAGCUUCUUCACCCCCAUGAGCACUCCCAUCGCUCAGAACCUUACAACCUCAAAUCCCUGCCUGCAAAGAAACGGUUGGACUCGUACCAUUACCAACCCGCCACCUCCCCCUGCCUCCCAGCUAAGAAGAGGGUCUGGGCUCCCCACCCCACUUUCCCUAUCGACCUCAACAGCCCCCCGCUCUCCGAUGAUCAACCGCUCGAAGAAAAGCACAGCAAACUAGCAACAGAAGAAGAAGAAGAAGAAGCGGAGGGGGAGGAAGACGACGGGGUCAUAUGUGCCGUGUGCAGGAGCACCGAUGGGGACCCGCUCGACCCAAUCGUCUUCUGCGACGGCUGCGAUCUCAUGGUCCACGCGUCCUGCUACGGCAGCCCCCUGAUCAACAACAUUCCUGAAGGUGACUGGUUCUGCUCACGAUGCGAGCAGGAAGCGAAGGAAGAGGAAAAGGAUUCCAGCUGCUGCCUCUGCCCCGUGAGGGGCGGGGCAACGAAGCCCACGGAGGACGGCCGAUGGGCUCACAUCGUGUGCGCGUUGCUCGUGCCCGAGGUCUUUUUCCGGGAUCCUCAAGGCAGAGACGGCAUCGAUUGCUCCCGGGUCCCCAGCAGGCGGUGGAACAGGGACUGCUAUCUUUGUGGGGCCACAGGCGGGUGUGCCAUCGACUGCUCGGAGCCAAAGUGCAAGUUGGGGUUCCAUGUCGGUUGCGGCCUGGAACGGGGACUCUGCUUUGAGUACAAGGAGCGUCGUGGAGCGGCCAUCGUUGCAGGAUUCUGUGCAGACCAUACCGAGCUUUGGAAGAAGCAACAGUUGACUGGAAAGUUCAAGAUAGUGGCAAGGGAUGAUGAUCGCCAGGGAAAGAAGAAGGCUUGACGCCGGUGCAGUGUGCCGGAUAUGACUUUGUUAUCAUCUACUAGUUGGCACUAUUUUCUUUCUUUGUAUUUUUCUGAAUUUGAACGGUUUGUGUUGGCAAGAACUGUAGUAGUAAUGGAGCUGUCAUAGGUCCUUUGAGUUGUAUUAUUGUUUCCUGAUCAAUUAAUUAUGACAUCAGCUUAGUGCUCAAUCAAACCUAACCAUGGGGAUGUCUAGAGAGAAAAUGAUCCAAACGAAGCUUUUUAAUUUGUUAUUUUAAAUCAUAUUAGUUAUAUAC